AUGGGGAAUUGCUUAGCUAAGAAAUAUGGAGAAAGAUCAGUAGAGAUCGAGAACAGAGGAACAAGUACUCACCAAGAUCCAUCGGAAAAACCCACCGGAACUCAUCAACCACCACCGUGGAGGAAUCCGGCACCGACUAAACAACACAGUACUACUAUACUCGAGAAGCCUUACGAAGAUGUGAAACAUUUCUACACACUAAGCAAAGAAUUGGGUCGAGGUCAGUUUGGGGUAACGUAUCUUUGCACGGAGAAUUCAACAGGGAAGAGAUUCGCUUGUAAAUCGAUAUCGAAGAAGAAACUUGUGACGAAAUCUGAUAAAGAAGAUAUGAAGAGAGAGAUUCAGAUAAUGCAACAUUUAAGUGGACAAGCAAACAUUGUUGAGUUUAAAGGAGCUUAUGAAGAUGAAAAGUCUGUGAAUUUAGUUAUGGAGCUUUGUGCUGGUGGUGAAUUGUUUGAUAGGAUUAUUGCAAAAGGACAUUAUAGUGAAAGAGCAGCUGCUUCUGUUUGUAGACAGAUUGUGAAUGUUGUUAAUAUUUGUCAUUUUAUGGGUGUGAUGCAUAGAGAUUUAAAGCCUGAGAAUUUCUUGUUAUCUAGCAAAGAUGAGAAAUCUCUUAUCAAAGCUACUGAUUUCGGUUUAUCGGUUUUCAUCGAAGAAGGGAAAGUGUAUAAGGAUAUAGUUGGGAGUGCAUAUUAUGUUGCUCCUGAACUUUUGAGGCGAAGAUACGGUAAAGAGAUCGAUAUAUGGAGUGUUGGAGCUAUACUCUACAUUCUACUUAGUGGUGUACCUCCGUUUUGGGCUGAAACCGAGAAAGGGAUUUUUGAUGCUGUAUUGGAAGGUGAAAUCGACUUUGUAACCCAACCGUGGCCUUCAAUUUCGAAUGGUGCUAAGGAUUUGGUACGUAGAAUGUUGACACAAGAUCCGAAAAGACGGAUUUCUGCUGCUGAAGUUCUCCAGCAUCCAUGGCUAAGAGAAGGUGGAGAAGCAUCGGAUAAACCUAUUGAUAGUGCUGUUCUCUCAAGGAUGAAGCAAUUUAGAGCUAUGAAUAAACUAAAGAAACUUGCUUUAAAGGUCAUUGCGGAGAAUAUUGACACGGAAGAAAUACAAGGCUUAAAGGCGAUGUUUGCUAAUAUAGAUACAGACAAUAGUGGUACAAUCACAUAUGAAGAACUGAAAGAAGGAUUAGCUAAACUGGGAUCAAAACUCACUGAAGCCGAAGUGAAACAGCUCAUGGAUGCUGCUGAUGUUGAUGGAAACGGUUCGAUAGAUUACAUCGAGUUUAUUACUGCUACAAUGCAUAGACAUAGGCUUGAAAGUAAUGAAAACCUUCACAAAGCAUUUCAACAUUUUGACAAAGAUGGGAGUGGUUACAUUACGAUAGACGAGCUAGAGGCUGCGUUGAAGGAGUAUGGAAUGGGAGAUGAUGCUACAAUCAAAGAGAUUUUGUCUGAUGUGGACGCUGAUAAUGAUGGUAGAAUCAACUAUGAAGAGUUUUGUGCUAUGAUGAGAAGUGGGAAUCCACAGCAACCAAGAUUGUUCUAA